CCUGGAGGACAGAAAAAAAAACCUUUGCAGGUAAUUGUGGCAGGGCGGGGUGUGACCCUAAAGAAUGUCAGACAAAGAGAGAGUGGCUAGCUGGUAGUCGUAACGGGGCAAUAGAGGAUUUUACCAUCUGUGUUCGUCCUCCACGGCAAACACAGCCAUCAGCUGGUGUGGAAACAACCCUUACCUGCUCUAUCUGGGAGCACUGACACUGUAAAGGUUGGAGGGAUGUUGGACACAGUGUAUGAGUGGUUCUGGUGGGACAAAAUCUGGCUGCCUGUGAACCUGACAUGGGCUGACCUGGAGGACAGGGAAGACCGGGUCUAUGCCAAAGCUUCACAUCUCUACGUCACUAUUCCCUACACCUUCGCCUUCCUACUCAUCAGAUACCUGUUUGAAAGAUGUAUAGCAACACCACUCGCUGUCUACGCUGGGAUCAAGCAGAGGGUCCAUCUUAAAGCAGAGGACAACCCCAUCCUGGAACGUUACUACAUUACUCAGAGUAGAAAUCCUGCUCAGGCAGACAUUGAUGGGCUGUCUAAGAAAAGCAGUUUGUCAGAGAGACAAGUUUUACGCUGGUUCAGAAGAAGACGCAGUCACGACCAUCCUGGAAUACUGAAGAAAUUCAGAGAGGCUAGCUGGAGGUUUGUCUUCUACCUGUUGGCUUUCAUUGGAGGAAUAGUAGCACUGUACGAUAAGAAAUGGUUUUAUGACACUUGGGAAAUAUGGACGGGUUUUCCAAAGCAGUCCAUGCUGGAGUCCCAGUACUGGUAUUAUAUCUUGGAAAUGAGCUUCUAUGGUUCUCUUCUCUUAAGCGUUGCCUUUGAUGUCAAGCGAAAGGACUUUAAGGAGCAGAUCAUCCACCACUUGGCCACACUGGUCCUCUUAUCAUUUUCCUGGUGUGUCAACUACAUUAGAAUAGGAACGCUGGUUAUGAUUGUCCAUGAUGCCUCUGACGUUUUACUGGAGUCUGCAAAAUUAUUCAACUACGCCAAAUGGGAGAAAACCUGCAAAAGCCUUUUUGUUCUGUUUGCCUUGGUGUUUAUGGUAACACGACUGAUCAUCUUCCCAUUCUGGCUGAUCCACUGUACCUGGGUCUACCCCGUUCACCACUACCCUGCCUUCUUUGGCUACUACUUCUUCAAUGUGAUGCUGGGGAUUCUUCUCUGUCUGCACAUAUUCUGGGCCUACCUCAUUCUCUGCAUGAUCAGAAAAUUCAUGUUUGGCACUCUGAUCAGAGAUGAAAGAAGUGACGAUGAGGAGGACGAGAGCAGCCUGACGGAGGACGGAAAUGAGGACCAGCAUACGCUUGGCAAUGGUUUGGCAGUUGGUGAGAAGGAGAACAAGGACAAGAACAGCGGCUUUGGAUGCUUGUCUCCACCAGAGAACAUCUGCCGGUCAAAGACUGUAUGUACUCAUGCUCAGUAUGAUCAGUAGAGCCAAAGAUGUGGAAAAUACACCCAGACUCUUGAGCCGUCAAAUACCACAGCUGUUUCAGUGCUUUCAACCAACUCCAAUGUAAACCCAAUCAUCAUUGGUCUGAAAGAGCAACUGAUGUAGUUUAUAUAGGGAGAUAACCUUGUAGGUUGUAUGAGUCCAACAAACACAGGACUUCCACCCGGAGGCCAUUGUUCAUGUCCUGUGUGGAACCAGAGGUGAACAUUAUUUACAGUAACUGUAGUUUUGUUAAAUAACUUCUAGACUUUACAAACGGCAGUUGCAUAACAAGCGUAGUUAUUUUUAUAAACAAAUGCACUUAUUUUAACCCACAACAUUAUUUUCCUGAACAGAAAAGCCAUCUCUAACUCUGAGAAUCUCUCUGAACUGAUAAUAGUAGCAAACCGAGAGCAUCUUGGUUUGAAGCUACGGACCAUUGAUCAAGCAGUGGUAUUUCCAGUUGGGAGUAAGAAUGUGUUGACUUUAAGAAGUAAAAAACAAGACAAUGGAAAACCCUCCCCACAGUGUUGUGUGUUGCUCUACAGGCCAAACCAAACAAGCACACACAACACAAUCCCCACUGUGUGCAUAUUACCACAUUAAAUUGUUUCAUAUUGUUUGAUAAAUGCAAGAGGUGGUUUAUUAUUUACCUCCUUGUUUCAUCCCAAAAGACCUGCUGGCUUGAAUAUCAACACGUUGUGAGCUUGCACUACUUAUUUAUGGUCACAUGAAUGGGAUCCUGUCACACAAUAGACUUCUCCAGAAGAUGACCUUCAUGUACUACGAGAACUUGCACGCUACUGUGUUCAAAAGGAUACAUUUAAUAUUUUCUUUAUACUUUCUAUUUAGAGAGGUAAACAUUGUAACACAAUUUAAGAUGAACAUCUAUUAUCCAUGCACAUAUUUGUAUGAUAUAUUGUAAUUAUUUCCAUAGAUAAUUGGACAAAUAUAGACUAAAUGUGAUGUUAGGUUUGAUUAAAGCAAAUAUGACUGUGAUAGAAUAUUUCCAUUUAACAAAAGCAUACAUUUGGGAUAUCAUUAUGAGAACAAAUACAUGAUUCUCAUGUCUUUGUGUUUAUUACAGAGAGUUUUAAAAUCCAAUGCUACUUUCUUCAUCCAUGCAGCUUGUUGGCUAGGUGUAACAUAGAGUGUGUCGUCUCUUCAUGUCUGCAAGGGCCGUGCAGACAUUUCCCUAACAGUUGUAAAGGUUUUGGAAGGUAUAGAGUAAAGAGUGAGUUAUGAUGGGGCCCCUCGCACUCGAUGGAAAUCAGGACUAGAAUGCCAUGAAUCAAAUGUAACAGUGUUUAAUGGGAAGAAGUAUAAACAAAAGUUUAACAAACAACCAAAAGCUCACGAUCGUGGGUUCCGUGGUGAUGAGGUACAAGCAGGAAGGAAGCAUGUGUUGCUGUCUAACCGGCGUCAAGACGAAAGAGCGAUUUCCCCCAGUACAACGUGUCUUAGUUGCAAACCAGCCAAUCACCUACUCUUCAAAGUUAGUUCAGCCUUUAACACCUUCCUGUUGGCUCAAAGUCCACUAUCAAAAUGGAGGGGUCAAACGUCACGAACCCUGGGUCAAAACGUGACUUCCGGUCAAGUCACUUAACAAGCAUUUUCACAAUAAAAGUCCCGUCUGUUAUAGUCCGCAUUAAAGUCACUUCACGUGCUUCAACCGGCUUCGACAAUUCUGAAAUACUAACUGAAAUUCAUUCCAUGCACAUACAUAACAUUACUUCUUUCCAUUGACAUAUGCAUAGAGUAAACAGUACUCUGUGCAUACAUGCUUCAUAACACAUAAUAAUAUCAAUAUUCUCCCUAAUAUUUCCUGUUAUAAUAUCUUUCUAUAUGUAUUAAUUUAAAGCUCAAGACUACAGAAUCAAAAUAAUCUAUUACAACCUAACAAGAGAAUGGAUGCAAAGGUGCUACUUAUAAUAAACUAAACUAAAUGACGUAUGUUGUUGUUUUGGAGGACUUGCUGUGAUGCGCUGAACAUAAUAGAUCUAUAAUAAUAUGGUUAUAGCACAAACUGCAUAUCGGUGUAGUGUACAGUCAUCACUAAUGCUGAACGAAAUAAUGAUAAAGUACUUUGAUACUUCUCGACACUUAAUUUGAGAAAAGAAGCACAGAAAACUGGUUCUUGUCUAUUCUAUUCUAUGGAAAUACCGAGUGUGGUUAUGGAUGAUUUAUAGUCAGUGUUGGAGCCAUCGGCAAGUAUUUCAUUAACAUUUUUUAAAGUAUUUGGAAGGUUGGAAGAGUGAGCACCAUGAAACAAUAUGAAGUUCAUGGUUUAUUCAUCCCGUAUGUUUAUUUUUACCCACAGCAAAUGAAGUAGUCAAAUCAAGCAUAUAUGCAGUGUCACAAUUAUGUAGCAAGCAGUCUUGAAUACUGAACUGUGUAAUUAAUAUGCUAAGGCAAUCAAAUUCUUAAAAACUGUAUGCAUUAAAGUUGGUGUCUGAAUAAUUA